AUGGCAAAAACAAAGAGAAACUAUAAACCUCAUUUACAAACAUCAAAGAUUAAACCAACACCAGAAAAUAAGGACGAUGAGAGCAACGGCAGUGGAACAAGUGAAGUGGUGUCAGAUGAUACAAUUAGAGAAGAGACACCAGAGUAUACAAUAGAUGGUUCAAUAUUGGAGGGUGGAGGACAGAUCAUUAGAAACUGUCUUGCAUUGGCAUCGUUGUUUAAUAAACCGAUUCGAAUCAACAAGAUACGAAACGGUAGAGAUCAACCUGGGUUAAAGGCACAACAUCGAUCGGGUGUCGAUCUAUUGGUACGUUUGUUUAGAGCACAUGCCAGUGGUUGCAAGGUUGGCUCGACCGAUCUAUACUAUCAUCCACGUCGACUAGCACACGAAAUCAAAGACACUAGUAUCGAAGCUGACACUGGUACUGCUGGCAGCAUCACGCUUUUACUUCAAAUAUCGUUACCGUGUCUUGUGUUUUUUGGUAGUUCCACCAAGUUGGUGUUGGGUGGUGGCACCAAUGUGGCCUUUUCUCCGAUGAUUGAUUACAUUGCACAGGUUUUUGCACCGGCUGCCAAGUUGAUGGGUGUAGACAUGGACAUCACCAUUGACAAGCGUGGCUACUAUCCACGUGGAUGUGGUCAGACUACCGUCAUCACCAGACCCCUCACAACCGAACCACUCAAACCAAUCGAGAUAUUGGAUCGUGGUCAAGUCACCAAGAUCAUCAUCACAUCCUACUUUACAUCGACUAGAAUCAAUCCAUCGGUGGCAGACCGAAUGUGUCAACAUGCUAGAAAGUUGUUGAAAAAAGAGUUCAAGGUAGAGAUUGAAGAACGUAGUGUAGAUGUUGCCAAGGAGAGUUAUGGAGAUUGUGCCUAUAUAUUUAUCAUGGCAGAGACUUCUACGGGAUGUAGAUUUGGUGCAUCGGCAAUCGGUGAAAUCAAAGUACCGGCUGAAAAGGUUGCAGAAGAUGCCACCAUCCAAUUAAUCAAUGAUCUAAAUGGUGGAGGAUGUGUAGAUGAAUUCCUUCAAGACCAAUUAAUCAUCUUUAUGGCCCUCGCCAAAGGAACAAGUAAAAUUAAAACAGGUCUCAUCUCUCUACACACUGAAACUAGUAUUCAUUUCACUUCACUCAUGACUGGUGCUAAAUUCCAAGUCAUCCCAGAUCCCGACGGUAAAAAAGAUGUUAAUAUCAUUAUUUGUGAUGGUAUUGGUUAUUUAAAUGGACAAAAUCAAAAUCAAAAUAUCAAUAAUUGUACUACUUCAACUUCAACUACAACUACAACUACAACAACAACUAAUAAUACAACAACAACAACAGAUAGUUAA